CCAUCACUAGUCAUUACGUAAGACGUCGACGACGCGAUGACGCACACAAAAGUGUUAAAACUCAAACAGCAGAGAGGAAACAGAGUAGUGACCUUCCAGCAGUGGACGUGGAAGUAGUCUUUUGCUGAAUACUUUAGUUUCUUUUUAAUCGUUUUGGACAUAAACCGACAUGGCAAACGGAAACGUGGAAAUCCACGACCCCUUCUCUAACCAAAACGGCCACGCCGGCAGCAAAGACUGUGACCACAAAUCUACCUCAGACACAGACAGCAUGGAGAACACGGUGGAGUACAGGCUCCUCAUGGCCUACGCAAAGAGGAAACGGACCACAGAAGAGUCACCUACACCGGACACACCGGCUUUAGUAAACAGUGGCACGGACGCAAACGAAUCAUCCUCGCCCCAGACGCCGGACAAGACUGAGAAAGGGGAGACGAAGAAAGACAGGAAGAGGAAAAGGUUGAAACAUCUGCGAAGCCUUUUCAGCUGCAUCUCAUCUCAGAAAAGAGACGAAGAACCGUACCAAAUGAAUCUGAAGCCAAAUGAUGACGUCAGAGGUCUUGUUUUUAAAGGCGCUAUAGCAACAGAAGAGGACGAGCUGAAAGAGGCAGCGAGUAGGCUGGCGAAGCUCGCUGAUGAAAUCCAGUUUCUUCCACCAGAAGUAGAGGCGGACUCGCCGGAAGAUGAUAACGUGGAGAGAAUCAUCGGCCUGCUGCUGAGGGAAAGUGGAGACAGACUGAACGAGAGGGAGCUGAAAGACGCUGCUUUCGCCAAAGAUCUUUUUUGGAACUACAGUUUCUUCAAGCUGCUAAUAUCGACCCUCCUCGAGAGGAUGGGCCUCAAGUCCCUCAGCCCCGACUCUCCGGGGCCAAAAGCUGCUACUGAAACCCAGAUCGCCGUCACCUGCGAGGUCACCACUCGUCUGUCAGCCGUGGACACGCUGCCCAGUAACCGACUGCUUAACCACGGAGCCAGAUAUCUGCAGCAUUAUUAUUCACCCUGGGCGCAGCAGCAAGGCGGAUACGAGGAAGCCUUUUACAGUGACGAUGAAGACGACAGUGAACAGAAUUAAGUGCUCUUGUCGCGGCACGAACAGGAACAAAAUCAGACUCAGGACACACAUAUUUUGUAUUCUGCCACUUCUGUUUACAUGCACAAAAAACCCGAACCUGACGAGCAUUAACAUAUCUGUAGCCGCAUGCAUUAGAAUCAUAUUUAAUUGUUUAUCUGGGUUUUCUUUUCAUAAAUAAUUAUAUUAUUCAGGUCUUUCUUUGUGCCAGAUGUCUUACAAGGAGCUUAAGCCAAAGACAAAACUAUGUUCAUGCAAUUAAUAACUACAGUUGUACGUGAUUUUAAGUGUCAUUUCGUUAAAUGUAUUUCGUGUUUUUCAGGGAGAUGUAGGGUAGCUUUAGCAAUUUAUAAUAAGAAUUAUUUAUGCUGGAGUUUGCUGGAAAAAAAAAUAAUUUCCUAAGCCAAAAAUAUGUUUUUAGCACUUGCACUUUUUCAUGAAAAUGAAUUAAAAUUUGGGCUUUCUGAGUGAUGCAUCAAGUAGCUUAUCUUUUUUUAAACUUUUGUAAGAAUGUGCUAAUGAAAUUGUGUGUGUGUGAUGUCUGAAUGUGUUAAUUUUGCUACAAAUAAAUACUAACAUUACUAGAAAUAAAAGCUGUAUUCAUUGUAAUUUAAUCCCAGAUGAUAUCAAGCGGUCCUUACUGAUGUAUUCACGUUUUCUUUUAAAAUAUUUAUCAAAAUGUUUGUCAGUGCAGCAGAAAGAAAUUUACUUUGGGAAUAUAAACUGGUCAAUUAAAGCCAUUUUAUAUCAUGAUAUAUUAAUGUAUUUAUACACAUUUUAAGUACAAGGCUGCAAAGAUAAGUCUUGGCCAUGUAUGUAUAAUAUAAUACAUGUAUUAUAUGAUAUAAUUAACUGAGUUGUUAAAAUUAGACUUCAUUAUAAUGUAUACAUGCCUUAUUUUCUGGAGACUUGAUUUUGCUCAAUAAAAUUGUUCAAGUGAAAGCA